AUGGAACCCUCCCCUCCAAUAUCACAACUCUGCCGAGCCGCCCUCCGACUAAAAACCACAAUCAAAGCAUCACGCGUCAAGAAGUUGCUCGAUCGCAAGUCUUACGAAGUUUUGCGAGAAGCCGUCUUUCUCUUGCAGGGAAGGACCAAUGAGGCUCCUCUCCUAUCUCAACAGACAAAAUGGGCCUUCAUUGGGAUUCUAGAGAUGGAGGUUUUGGCGUGGUCGAUAAGAAAGCAGAAGGAAAUACGCACUAGACGCCAAUCACUCGUUGCGCAAGAAAUCGAGUCCGUUAAAGCUGCUGUAGACCGACUCUGCUGGACGCUUGACAUCAUUCCCACGGGUAAUUACGAAAUUUCGUACGGUCCAAACUUCAACCCUCAACAGGACGGUGAUUUUGGUAUACACCAUACUAUAGAGGCGGAUUUUCCAGGGUCAAAUAGCGAUGAUGACGAGAGUAUGCAAGAGUGUAACAAUGAUGACGACUAG